CCAGAUGGUCCCAAACAACCAACACCAUUAGCUUUCACAGAUUUAAAAUAUCUUCAUGUUACUGGAACAAAUAGUAUGUCUAAUAAUUUAAACAUGAAUAACAAAAAAAUAAAUCACUUAGCUCCACCAACAAGCUUAAAUGAUGCUACAAACAAAAAAUAUGUAGAUGAUACGCUUUUAUUAAAUAAUGUGGCUAUGAGUAAUUAUUUGAAAAAAGAUGGUACUGUUGCAAUGACUGGUAACUUAAAUAUUAACAACAAUAAAAUAGUUAGUCUUGCAACUCCAACAAAUAAUACAGACGCAUCAACCAAAAAGUAUGUAGAUGAUACAGUUGCAGCAAAUAAAGUUAAUGUUAAUCCUUUUUUUAAAUCAGAUGGUUCAAAAAAAAUGACUGGGAGUAUAGAUAUGAAUAAUAAUAGAAUAUUAAAUCUUCCAAUGCCAAAUGGUAAUAAUCAACCAACUACUGUAGUUUACGCAAAUUCAAAUUAUUUAAAAAGAAAUGGAUUAAUACCUAUGGGUGGAGAUCUAAAUAUGGCUCAAUUUAAAAUAAAAAAUGUUAAAACACCAACUAAUAACUCUGAUGCUGCAACAAAAAAAUAUGUUGAUGAUAAUAGUGGAAGUCCAGAUUUGAGUGAUUAUUUGGAAAAAGAUGGUACAGUUGUAAUGACUGGAGACCUUAAUGUUGGAAAUAAUAAAAUAAAAAAUCUUAGUAAUCCAACAGAAAAUAAUGAAGCGGCAAACAAAGAUUAUGUUAAUAAACUGGUUAAUCACAAUGCAGUUCAACCAAGUCAUUAUAAAGAUGAGUUUAGUUAUCUUAUGUCUAGUGCGGCUCAAUGGACUGAUGAAAUAGAUGGAGGAAAUAGUUAUACAAUAAAAAAAAUAGCAGACUUAGAUCCUCAUAAAGGUAAUUUUCGUACAUAUAAACACAAAGUAAUUUAUCUUGGAAUUAAUAAAAAUUCUAAUGGAUUUAAAUAUAAGAUGGGAAUUAACUUUUAUAGAUUAGAAGGUAAUAAAGAUUACACAUUAUGUAUUGAGUUACUUAACACUGAUAAAAAACUAUGGGAUAAAUCACAGAUAAGUGUAGACAAAGGAACUUCAUCAGGAUUAACAGAUUUAAAUGUUAAUGUAAGAAAAUUAUCCUUUAGUUAUACAGAUUCAAAAAAUAGAAAACAAAAUAUGUAUUACCAUCGAAUAAUAGUUAACUUUCGAAAGUUAUUAAUUAGUAAUAAAUUCUUUCUUCACAUACUAGUUAAUAUUCCUAAUUUAGGGAAUGAUCUAGCUUCUUAUCCAACACAGUUUUUAGGUUGUUAUAUAAUUACUUAUGGUAUUAUGGGUAAAUUUAACAAUAUUGACCCCGAUAAAGUUUACGACUAUCACACUUCUUUUGACAUUCUACAAACAGAAGUUAAGUAUAAUGUUGAUAUUAACACAAAUAAUAAAAAAAUACUAAAUAUUGAUCUUGAUAGAAGCAGUAACAAUAGCGCUGCCACAGUUGGUAUGGUAAAAGAAAUUAUUCCUUUUACUAAAAAUAGUGUUUAUAGAAAAUAUUUUGAAGUUUUUGAUUUUACAGAUUCAGAUAGUUAUGGGGUAAAUAUUCAAUCAUCUGAUGUAACCUUUGAUUCUAUUUCUUCUAACAGUGAUAGUAACAUUUCCUUUCCAAAUAAAACUAUAGAUAAUAUAAGAAAAGAUGGAUUAAAUGUUAAUGGGUUUACUAUUACUGUUACACCAACUAGUGGACAAACAAGUUAUACUUUAUGUUUUAUCUUUGUUAUUUGGAGGAAUAGAAAUUUUAGUAUCGUCAAAAAAGAUAGUAACAAUAAUCAAAUUUUGUUUAAUAUAUUUUAUCUUAAUUCAAAUAAUACUCUACACCUAAAUAUAAGAAAUGUAAGAGAAAAUAUACCUAUUCCAAGUAGUUUUAAUGGAAAAAAAAUAAUCUUAUGGGUGGGGGAAAAUAUUAGUUCAAGUACUACAAAAGUUAAUAUAAGUGACUACUCCUCAGAAUUAGUUGCAAACUUAGCAAACUACUCAAGUAAUCAAAAAUUUGAGUUUUUAAAUCAAGAUGGAGUAUUAGAAAAAAUUUUAUACUCACCAAAAUUUUACGACACUGAUUCUAUACAAUUUAAAAAAAUUAUACUACAGGAAAAGUUAAAUGGAAGUUAUAUAGUAUAGGGGAACCUACGGUUCCCCCUAUGACCCCCUCCCUUGGCUACGCCGCACUAAUGUAAACAAAAGAAUAAAUGAAAAGAAAUAGUAGUAAAAGAAAGAGUAUUUUUGAAUUUAACCAUAUCGAUAAAUCUUUAUCAGAAGAGCGAAAAGAAACUUUAACAGACCUUUAUAAACAUUACCAUAAGAAACAAUGGUGCUAUAAAAAAUCUUAUAAAAGCUAUAAAUUUCUAGAUAAUUUUUUUUCUAUCACUAGUUUGUCUCUUAUUGCUGUUGGCACUAUAACAGGAGGACUAACACUCAAUCCUAUUAUUCUUGGUGUAAUAAACGGAACAGGAGUAAUUGUGGCUGGAAUUAUAAAAAAGAAGGAUUUUAAGAAGAAGAUAGAAACAACAAAGUUAGCUUAUACAACUUAUGAGAAAGUGCUUGUUGAAUUACGAUCAGCACUCAGAGGAGAUGAGUGGAAUAAACAAGAAUUUAUUGAUAGAAUUAAAAUUCUAGAUGAAAUGAUAAUUGAUCAAUGUCCAUCUAGUGUGGAUAAUUUUGCGGAAAAAUAUAAAAAUAAAUUUAAUAUAUAA